UCUGUCAUGGUGGCAUCCAGUGCUCGAGCUGGUAUGAGCAAAGGCGAUGCUGAGCUUUUUGUCCUCUCGACAAGCGGGUUUGGAGGAUCCUCUCCGCUUUCGCAGAGCGGAGUCCACCCGGAGGAUAUUGUCAUUGGAGUUAAACAAAGACAGAGAUGUUGAAAGAAUCCAUAGUAGUGGAGUUAACACCCUUGACGUUGAACCUAUUGAAGGGAGAUACAUGUUAUCAGGUGGUUCAGAUGGUGUGAUUGUACUUUAUGACCUUGAGAACUCCAGCAGACAACCUUAUUACACAUGUAAAGCAGUGUGCUCCGUUGGCAGGUGUGUAUUUGAAAAUGUAACUAAUGAAUUUGUAAACAGUGUUUUUGCAUCAAAUGCAAAUCAUGAAA